CUUGUUUAAGAGAGCACGUUCCUCACAGGUGAUACUUAUUUUAUAAGCCAAUCUAUAUUAUUUGACUGAAAGGAAACCUCUGGCGAUGACUUCAGUUCCACACUGAAAGGGUGUCUUAGGGCAAUAGACUCAGAAAAAAAAAAAAAAAAAAUCUCUAUCAGUUCAGUAAAUCUGGUCUUUGUUAGGAAUUCAAGUUUUGUUCUACAUUUUUCUCCCAUUUUAUCAGGACCUUCUGCUGUGUCCCUGGUCAAAACAGUCCGUAGUGGUGGUUGGGCACUAUCUAGUUCGUCUGGUCUCAGGCUAGAAGAGGCUGUGGUUCGUGUGGGCUGUUAGUUCUGUGGACUAGUUUCUUCUUUGAGUUUUUGGCUUCCUUCAUUCUCUUUUGCUCCAGACCGGAAGAGACCAAUAGUUCUAUCUUAGAUGGCUACUCUCAAGCUUUUAAGACCCCAGAGGCUACUCACCAAACUAGGAUAUAGAACAUUAUCUUUGUGAACUAUGUUAUGCGAAUUGACUGAGUCAUCCCAUGAGACUAUGGUCCCAAACGCUUCAACCAAGUAAACCAAUCCCUGGAGGUAUUUUGGAUAUGUCUAGGAGGUCUCUGUAACUGUGCCCCUUGUGUGUCUUAUUAUAUGUAUGAAUAUGUAUGUAACAUACCCAAACACGUAUAAACUUAUGCCUAGAAAUAUACCUAUGUAUGCAGGUCCAUGUACUCACAUACACCUUCAUAGUAUAUAUAUUUACCUCUGUAACCACACACUUUUUUUUGUUGUUGCUGUUAUUACUGUUGUUGCAAUCUUAUUAUUUCUUAAUGGAGUCACUGGCUCCAACUCUAAGGGCAGUAACUGUAUUUAUUUCCUAUACAGUCCUCCUGGUGGCGUAGUGGUUAAGAGUUCGGCUACUAACCAAAAGGUCAGCAGUUCAAAUCCUCCAGCCACUCCUUGGAAACCCUAUGGGUCAGUUCUACUUUGUCCUAUAGGGUCACUAUGAGUUGGAAUCAACUCGAUGGCAACAGGUUUGUUUUUUUUUUUUUUUAGUACAGUCCCUUUAGGCUUGGGUUUCCAUUUUAUUCUCUUUAAAUUUUUUUCAUUAAAUAGCAAGUAGAUACCCCCAAAAGUAUAAAAAUAAGUAUCACACAGGGGGACAGUGGUGAUUCAGAGGUAGAAUUCUCACCCUCCAUGGGGAGACCUGGAUUCAAUUCCCAGCCAAUGCAUGUCAUGUGCAGCAACCACCCAUCUGUCAUUGGCAUCUUGUGUAUUGCUGUGAUGCUGAACAGGUUUUAGUGGAACUUCCAGGUUAAGAUAGACAAGGAAGAAAGGCCUGGUGAUCUACGUCCAAAAAUCAGCCAAUACAAGCCCUAUGUAUCACAACAGUUCUAUACGAAACCUAACAUAGGGAUGGUGCAGGACCGAGCAGCAUUUUACACGGCAUCACCAUAAAUUGGGGGCCAACUUAAUAGCAGCUAACAGCAACAACAUGCACAGAAUAUGAUGAACACCUAUAGACCAAACAACUAGUUUAAGUAAAACAGCGUACCACUACCUUGGAAGUUUCCUUUGUGCCCCCCUCUCGCCUAAAGAAUUCCACUAUCCUGAAUUUUUAGCUCAUCAUUCCCUUAUUUUUCUUUGUGGUUUUACCAUGGAUCUUUGUAUGCAGUAACAAUGUUUUGUUUAGUUAUAAAUGUCUGUAAAUUUUAUGCAUGUGUCCUUCUGUGACUUGCUUUUAAUGUUUCUAAGAUUCAUCCACAUUGUAUUAUGUAACUGAAAUACACCCGUUUACUUGCUUAUUCUAUCCCAGUGUAUGAAUCUACUUCAAUUCACUAAUCCACUCUGCUGCUGAGGGACAUGAGGGUUGUUUCAUUUUGUUUCUUUGUUUGCUAUUGCAAACUGUGUCACUGUGAACAUGCUUAUACAUUUCCCCUAGGCGCAGGUCCAAGAGUUUUUCUAGACAAGAGUAUAUACCAAGGAGUGGACACUGAGUCAUAAUGUGUAAUUGAUCACUGUAGACCCAGGACACCCAAUUCAUCGUCGAGGGAGGGUAAUCAUCAUGAAUAAUCAAAAAGCUGUAGCUGUAGCUGCACUACUGCAAGAGUGCAAGGAAGUGUUGGACCAGCUCUUGUUGAAGGCGUCAGACGUGUCAGAGGAGGACAAGAGAGAGGACCAGCAGUGCAGAGCUUCACUUCCCAGUGAGUUAAGGACCCUGAUCCAGGAGGCAAAGGAAAUGAAGUGGCCCUUCGUGCCUGAAAAGUGGCAGUACAAACAAGCCGUGGGCCCAGAGGACAAAACAAACCUGCAGGAUGUGAUUGGCGCCGGGCUGCAGCAGUUACUGGCGUCCUUGAAAGAAUCCAUCCAAGCUCAAGACUGUGCUACCGCCACAGCUAUUGUGUUCCUAAUGGACCGGUUCCUGUACGGGCUAGAUGUCUCCAGCAAACUCCUACAGGUCGCCAAAGGCCUCCACAAGUUGCAGCCAGCAACACCCAUUGCGCCACAGGUGGUUAUACGCCAAGCCCGAAUCUCAGUCAACUCAGGGAAACUCUUAAAAGCAGAGUAUAUUUUGAGCAGUCUAAUAAGCAACAAUGGUGCAACAGGUACAUGGCUGUACAGAAAUGAAAGUGACAAGAUCCUGGUGCAGUCAGUCUGCAUACAGAUCAGAGGACAAAUUCUGCAAAAGCUAGGGAUGUGGUACGAAGCUGCAGAACUAAUAUGGACCUCAAUCAUAGGCUAUUUGACACUUCCUCAGCCAGACAAAAAGGGUAUUUCCACGUCACUAGGUAUACUGGCUGAUAUCUUUGUUUCCAUGAGCAAGAAAGAUUAUGAAAAGUUUAAAAACAAUCCACAAAUUAACUUGGGCCUCCUGAAGGAGUUUGACCACCAUUUGCUGUCAGCAGCGGAAGCCUGCAAGUUGGCGGCUGCCUUCACUUCCUAUACGCCCCUAUUCGUGCUCACCGCUGUGAAUAUUCGUGGCACAUGCUUAUUGUCUUACAGUAGUUCUGAUGACUGUCUUCCAGAAAUGAAAAAUUUGUAUCUAUGUGAAGCCAAAGAGGCCUUUGAAAUUGGCCUCCUCACCAAGAGAGAUGAUGAACCAGUUCUUGGAAAACAGGAGCUUCAUAGUUUUAUCAAAGCUGCUUUCUGUCUCACCACAGUGCACCAAAGACUCCAUGGAGAGACUGAGACAGUCCAUGCAGCAAGUCAGCUAUGUCGUGAAGCUAUGGGAAAGUUGUACACUUUCAGCGCUUCAUCUGGGAGUCAGGACAGAGAAAUUCUGUCCCGGGAAAUCAUGUCUCUUAUCACCCAGGUGAAGGAUCAUUUACAAGUUCAAAGCUUUCCAAAUUUAGAUGGCAGGUCUUAUGUUCCAGAGAGUUUCAAGAGCUCAUUGGAUAAACUCCUUUUACAUGGGCAAGUGGAUUUCCAAAGCCUCCUUGAAGCCUAUUCACAGCACCAUACUUCAGUGCGUGAAGUAUUUGAAAGCACUUGUGGAAACAACAAAAAUAAACCAGAAGAUACAGGAGUCUGUAUCACAGCUCUCAAAACAGAAACAAAAAACAUAGAUACUGUGAGUACUACUGAAGACAAACCACAUUUCCAAAAAGGCAUGGGAAUGCAUUCCUCCCAAAUGGCCAGGAAUGGUCAGGAGAAACUCAGGUGUAUAGGAAGGAAAAACUGGAUCCAUUCUGAUGCAUUUCAUGUCUCUGAGGAUGAAGAUAUAGAGACUGAGACUGAGCCAUCAGACCCCAGCAAUGGCAGGAGAGCUGUUCUGAACACAUCUCUGAAUGACAGCCAGAGUUCCAGUUCUUGGAGCAAGUUAUCAGGGUUUAGCUCUUCCACAAGCUGGGAAGAAUUAAAUUGUGUUGAUGAUCCAUCAGAUGGAAAGGAGUCUAACAAAGAAUAUCUUGUGGACACUCAGUGUUCUACUGCCCUGUCUGAUGAGCUGGGAAACAGUGGGGAAAGUAGUGCCGUACAUUCAUUGUCUUCAGAGAUUCAUGAUCUCUCUCUUCAGGUGUCCAAAUUUGGCAAUGUAGAGUCUUCUCAAAGGCAACAACACAAGCACAUGCCCUUGACAACCUUUACCUCUCAUAAAACAACAGGUACUUGUUUGACCUCCUGUACAGAGCCAUUAGAAGGUUCUCCAGAGAGUAUCCCGGAAGUCAGGAAUAUAGGACCCAGAAAUGCUUCUGCUCAUUCCAGAUCCUCAUGUGGUUCUGUUUCUUCAUCUUCUGAUUCUGGUGGGCCCAAGAACAUGCCCAUUUGUCCAUUGGUCCAGGUAGAGGAAACCUUUGAAAAAAUUGCAGAAACCAACUGCAAUGCCGAUGACAGGCAGGGGGAAGAGAAGACAGAAGAAACUAAUAAAAGAGGCAUAGGGCCUGUAUUUAAAAAUAGCUCCUCCUGGAUUGACCCAGAAUGUGAAACAGCUGGAAGUACAGAAGAUGCGCCCUUAGACUCUCCUAUAGUCAAGAAUGGCUCUCUGGGCAAUGGUUCCAUGAUGGCAGGUAGCUCUUUCACUCCUUAUUGGUCUGGCCAAAAUCAUGACCUAAGAAAUGGUGAUGGCUCAGCCAAAGAGCAGGACAUCGACCCUGAUGCCCCUACAGUGGAUGAAGAAGGCCAACUGCUUGACAGCACGGAUGUUCACUCCACAAGUAGACGUAGUUCUCAUAGACUAUGCACUCUGAGGUCACCUCUUGGUCAGGGAGCUAAGACCCCCAACUACUCUGUAGGCAGUAACAUUUCUUUCCCCGUCCACGGUGAAGACUGCACUACCACAGAGGAAGGAAAUGAAGCUGGAAACAUACUAAACUGCAGCCAGAGCUCCAGCUCAUCCUUGGUGUGGUGGUCUAGAUCAUCUGUGUUUUCCAGUGGUUCUUCUGAUGGGGAGAGCCCAUGGUCCUACUUGAAUUCCAGUGGAAGUUCUUUUGUUUCAUUGCCAGGAAAGACAAGGCAAGAGGUUCUUGAGGCUCGCACCCUGGAGCCUGAUGACUUUGAAAAACUCUUGGCAGGAGUGAGGCAUGAUUGGUUGUUUCAGCGGCUGGAGAAUACAGGAGUUUUUAAGCCCAGUCAUCUCCACCAAGCAUACAAUGCUCUUUUGUUAAAAUAUUCCAAGAAAUCUGAAUUGUGGACAGCCCAGGAAACUGCCGUAUAUUUGGGGGACUACCUGAAUGUGAAGAAGAAAGGAAAACAAAGAAGAGCUUUUUGGGUUCAUUAUCUUCAUCAAGAAGAAACUCUGGGGAGGUAUGUUGGGAAAGAGUAUAAGGAGCAGAAGGGGCUCUGGCACCACUUCACUGAUGUGGAGCGGCAGAUGACUGCACAGCACUAUGUGACAGAAUUUAAUAAGAGACUCUAUGAACAAAAGAUCCCAACACAGAUAUUCUACAUUCCAUCUACAAUAUUACUGAUUUUAGAGGACAAGACAAUAAAGGGAUGUGUCAGCGUGGAACCUUACAUACUAGGAGAAUUUGUAAAAUUAUCAAAUAACACGAGAGUGGUGAAAACAGAAUAUAAAGCCACAGAAUAUGGGUUGGCCUAUGGCCAUUUUUCCUAUGAGUUUUCCAAACAUAGAGAUGUUGUGGUUGAUUUACAAGGUUGGGUGACUGGUAAUGGAAAAGGGCUCAUCUACCUCACGGAUCCCCAGAUUCACUCUGUUGAUCAGAAAGAUGCCACUACCAAUUUUGGAAAGAGAGGAAUUUUUUAUUUCUUUAAUCAUCAGCAUGUAGAAUGUAAUGAAAUAUGUCAUCGUCUUUCUUUGACUAGACCUUCUGUAGAGAAACUGAGGAAGUCAUAGCCUAUCUGGAUUGCUAAUAUGAUAGACCUUAGUGUUGGUCACCAAUAAUAGGUUCCUCCCGCCUUCCAAGCACAUAGAACAUGGCACAGCCAGGUCCCUUUGGGCUUGGGCAGAACUGUGUGGCUAGUUCUUGUCAAUAAUUUGACAAAAGGAAUUGAUGAGUGUCACUUUCAGGCCCCCAUCUAAUUGUCGGUACAAGACCUUCCCCUCCCUCUGUAAGUCUCUGUCCCUCUGCCACGAUGGCUAAGAAUUCUUCAGGAGGGAGCUGCUCACUAACCUAAGUCCUGUGGUGAAGGCAACAUGGAAAAGAGCCCCAGAUGAUCACAAUGAAAACAAAGCAUACCUGAGAAAUAAACUUUUCUUAUUUAA